AUGGCCGAAUCAUGGAACAGCAUUCGUCAGAGGAUUCAAGAGUACUGUGCCGGACUAUCAUUGAUUUCGAACGGAUACUUACUAGUACUCAUCAAGUACAAAUCUCCGCCACAACUUGUGUUUUAUUGCCUUUUAUGGAUGAUAACUACGCAUUUGAUUUUGGGACCGUGGGAUCAUUUCACCGACUUCAUUAGAGAGCCCGUUGCUCAAAAGUUCGAAAUUAAUGUUGAUGACAUUGUCUACGUUGGUCCAUAUUAUUUUCCGCUAGAUGAGAAAGGAAAUCAAUAUCUCAAUUAUUAUACCCUAUUUGGAAUGAUGAUACUAACAUUGAUAACGACAAGCUCAAUGUUCUGUGUGUUCUGGUUCGGCCAAAAGUGCUACCGUCAAAUCCACGAGCUGGCGCAUGUUGUGAACUCGAAGAAGACAAAAAGUCUGCAGAGGCAGCUAUUGAAUGCUCUAGUUGUGCAAACCUUAAUUCCUGUUGUCCUUAUGUUCAUACCGAUCACAUUCCUCUUCUCUGCCCCAUACUUUGAACAGAGUUUCGAGUUCGGCUCGUGCUGCAUCAACAUUACAGUCGCCGUUUAUCCCGCUAUCGACGCAUUCCCCACAUUGUUCAUCAUAGCAAAAUAUCGGAAUGUGACUCUAAGCUUCUUCAAAAAAGUGCGAAAAUCGUUUGCCACGAAGUAUUCAAACGCUCAACUGAGCAAUAUUGCUGAUUAUGGAAAUCAAAUUUAA